UUCCUUUUAACCUAUAUAAUAGUAUAGGAAAAUUAAAUUUUUACUCUUCAAAAAUACAUUUUUUCAAAUCAAAAUUCUAAAAAUCAUGUUUAAGCCCAAAAUUCGUGACAUUGGAUACUUUGGAUUGCUUACUUACUUGCACUUGUGUUCGAAUCUCCAGCCUGAGGUGCAUGCACAUGCCAAUAUCAAAUCAGCUUAUCCCUCAGUGGAUCGUAAUUUAACCCUGCAAUUUCGCUAUAUCUUUAAUCCCUGGAUGGUAGUGAAGGCCAUGAUAUAUUCCCUACUAGUUAUGAUUGGUAUUUGGUACUGUCGUCACUUGCAAAGUACUGAGCAGCAGAAAUCUAAGGAAAUUAAUUGGGUUUUGAAGGCCACACAACUAUUAACAGCUGCGGAUGUGAAAAAUAAUUGGAUCAGCAGAAAUAAAAAGAACUCCGAACUGGAAUUGAGUCCCUUUUCGUGGAAUAUAUUCUCUCUAUUUGCCCUGCCCUGGAUAUUGACUUUUAUGGGCAGUGGAUUUAUCAACUAUUUGCGGCUUUAUAUGGUGAUUCAGCAUUUCUGCAUUUCCAACUGGAGAACCAUUCAACUUUAUGGACAGCUGCAAUGGCUGUUUUGGUAUCGUCUUCUAUCAAUGGCUAUGAUACCCUGUUGGUCCACAAUAUUCGGUGGAGGUGUAUCCAAUCUGCCAGAGAAUUUCAUCAACCUGGAAACCCAUCUUUUGGACUGAGCAUGCCCUUUUCGAUUUAAUUUUUGUAUUAAUGUUUGAAAUUUAAAUUUUAAAUAUAUAGAAGUAGUAUGGAAA